AUUUCUUUACUCUUCUGCUUUUAGAUUGUGAUGCUACGCAGCUUCAAAUUUGAAGACAGAGUGCACGUGGAGACAACUGGGUGCUCACCAACAACAUUUUGGGUGUUUGAAUGGAAGAGCUGUAAUGUGCCAAAGAUCCAGAGAGAGAUGAUUCACAUGGGCUAGAAGAAUGCGUUUUUAUUGGCAAGACCUGAAGACUAAAACUGCUCCGUCUUAAGGAUGAAUUGUUCCUGGGAUUGAAAUGCGGGAAGUUUGCCUUCAACUUCGGUAAAAUAGGACAUUAUUUAUCUCUGAGGGAUGAUGCAGAGAACGGGACUCUAGUUGCACAGCAUGAUCUCCUCCUCACCAUGAUGGACAGCAUGGACGCUUACCCGUCACCAGACUACAAACAGCUCUCCUGAUAUAAGCUUCCCAUUGGUUCACAGGGCAGCUUGUCUUUACUGUUCACAGUAAACAGUUCCUGGCUUAAGAUGAGCCAGAACAAUUCCAGCUGCGGAGAUGAUGAACAACUACAGAAGUACCAGCACUAUAUGUAUGCAGUGGUGUACAGUGUAAUCCUAGCACCAGGCCUGCUGGGUAAUGUGCUGGCGCUGUGGGUGUUCAGGGUUUAUACCAGAGAAACCAAAAAGGCUGUGGUGUUCAUGAUGAAUCUGGCUGUUGCGGACCUGCUGCAGGUGCUCUCUCUGCCAUGGCGGAUCUACUAUUACCUGAACGGCGAAUGGGCCUUUGGUAAUCUUUUCUGCAUGAUCUGCUUCUACCUUAAGUAUGUCAACAUGUACGCCUCCAUCUACUUCCUGGUGUGUGUCAGCAUGCGCCGCUGUGAGCUCAUCAUUCGACCACUGAGGUACAACUCAUCCAAGAGAAGAGGAGACUGGAUAAUAUGUAGCCUCGGAUGGAUGUUGGUCUGCCUGGGUUGUCUGCCAUUCCUUCUACUGAGACAUAACAACGGUAAAACAAACUCCACUGGUUCCUCUACCACAGAGGCAACCUCCCCACCUGAGUUAGUGUGUUUCUCAGAACUGUCCAUGCGAACUAUCAGUGUUCCAGCAGCUUGGGUUCUCUUGAUCCUAGCCGAGCUGGUGGGCUUCAUCAUCCCGCUCGUCCUGGUGCUAGCCUGCGCCUGCCUGACUGCUGGGAGCCUUAGGAUGUCAACAGCGGGGGCCUUUCCCGACCGAGGGGAGAAAAAGAGGGCGUUAAGGAUGGUGCUAAGCUGUGCUGUGGUCUUCUUAGUGUGCUUUGCUCCUUACCAUAUCACCUUGCCCCUGGACUUCAUGGUCAAGGCCAACACUCUGUCUGACUGCAGCUUAAGGAAACUGAUUCUGAGAUUUCAUCCUGUUACGCUCUGCUUGGCCAGUCUGAACUGCAGCUUGGACCCACUCAUAUACUAUUUCACAACUUAUGAAUUCUGGCGGCGACUGAGUAAGCCAGAGAUACCAGAAAGCAUGACUUUCACCAGGCGAUUGUCAUGCAUUGCUGGAGGAGAGGACAUACAAGAUGACUAGACUACAGACAGUCUCUCUGAGCUUACCCACUAAACCCUGAGAAAUCUGCAUUUCCAUAAACUAAGACAAUGUAAUGUACAUACAAACUAGAACGGGAGUUUCAAAUGUGAAUUUCU